CUUAUAACGACCAACAUCUACAAAUCAAGGCUCCUAAAAUAAGCUAAAUGAGCUCUUACUUUGUAAACUCGUUCUCAGGGCGCUAUCCAAAUGGCCCCGACUAUCAGUUACUGAAUUAUGGUAGCAGUAACGGCGCUAUGAGCGGCUCGUACAGGGACUCCGGCACAAUGCACUCGGCUUCUUACGGCUACACCUACAAUGGAAUGGACCUAAGCGUCAAUCGUUCAAGCAGCACUGGCCAUUUCGUGGCUGCUGGGGACAACUCCCGGGGCUUCCAGUCUCCAGACCCCGAUGCGCGCUUCCGACAGCCGUCCAGCUGCUCGCUCCCGUCCCCUGAGCUGCUCUGCUCCAACAGCGACAAACUGGGACCCAAAACUGGCUCCUCGAACCCUCCAGAGCAGACGUCCGGCUCGGCCAAAAGUAACCCGGGCAACAGCGCACAUUUCACGGAGAUCGAGGACAGCGGCGCUGCUCCGGAGAGCGAAGACGGCACGAAAAGAAGCGCCAACUCCGCCGCACGGACAGGGCAGCAGCAGCAGCAGCAGCAGCAGCAGCAGCAGGAGCCUGCAGCUAUUUCCACCAGCACCACCACCACCACAGCAGCGAGCGAUGGGAGGGCGCCACAGAUAUUCCCCUGGAUGCGGAAACUGCACAUAAGCCAUGAUAUGACCGGACCCGACGGGAAAAGGGCCCGGACAGCGUACACCCGCUACCAGACCCUAGAGCUGGAAAAAGAGUUCCAUUUCAAUAGAUAUCUGACCCGCAGGAGGAGGAUAGAGAUAGCCCACGCGCUGUGUCUCUCCGAACGCCAAAUUAAGAUCUGGUUUCAGAACAGGAGGAUGAAAUGGAAGAAAGACAAUAAAAUGAAAAGUAUGAGCCUGGUUAAUGCAGGUAGCGCGUUCCAACCCUAAGUGUACAAGGUAAAUGCAUAAGAUGAAUAAGAUGAAGCUAACACAAAUUUACUGUAUAGCAAAAGCACCUUUCAGGCAUGUUGUUGAUGUUUUAGACAGAGAAAAAAAAUCUAC